UGACAGUUAACUUUUUCAUUCGGUUAAUAAAAUUGUGCAAUGUUAAUUUAGGAUUUUUCGAUGUAAUUAACAACUUACGACGUUAAUUACAGAUUAAGCUGUGACUGCUUCUAUUAUAUUGUGCUAUUUAAAAUUUGUGCCAUACCAUAACUAUUUUAAUCCUGUGCAGUUUGUAUACAGUAAUUGUAUGUUAUUGCACAAUUAUGAAGUGCCUUUGUUAGAAGUACUUCACGGGUAUUUUAUAUGGCGACAAAGGCGGCAAAAUUAAAAGAGAGAGAAUUUAUCAAAGAGUGUAUUAAGCUAUACCGCUGUUUACCAUCUCUGUGGAAUGUAAAAAGCAAAGUUUAUUAUGACCGAGAAAGAAAGAAAAAGGCAUAUGCUGUUUUGUUAUCUAAAUACAGAGAAAUGUUUCCCGACGCGACAAGAGAAGACGUAACGAAGAAAUUUAAUGUUCUUCGUACAAAUUAUCGCAAAGAAUUCAAGAAGUACCUUAAUGCUAUAGCUGCAGGAGAAUCAUAUACACCAUCACUAUGGUACUUUAACGAACUGGAUUUCCUGUAUGAUGAGGAAUCAUCAGAACAUUUAUGCGAAAAUUCUAUAUUGGAUGCUCAAAGUUUUACCAUAGAUGAUGAAGAAUUAACAGACAUCGAGGAAAGUUCAGCUAAAAAAGUUAAAAAAUUAAAGACAGAUGAACCAUCAGAUCAAGAAUAUUCAAAUGUAAUUGAAGUCAGGGAUGAAUUUUAUCAUUGGGCUAUGGCAUGCGCUUCAGAUCUUCGAAAAAUGGAGCGGACUCAACAACUUUAUGCUAAGAAAGCAUUCGCUGAUAUAAUUCUAGAGGGUCAAUUAGGAAUGCUACACCGGCACUCUGUAAAAAUAAAUGAAACUUCACCACAAGCACCACAACCUUCAUAGCCCGACACAAGUACUUACCUACAC